UAUUACAAUUUAAUUAAACAAGAAAUAUUUAUUUUUUGUAUGGUAUUCGUAUGGUUACUAAGUUGUAUGUUUGCCAGUUUUGAUGAAUCCCUAAUUCAUGAAAUAUAUUUAAAUCUUCAAUAUUUGGAUGACCAGAUUUACUUAAUUUAAAUAAAUUACAAGUUUAACUUUAGACAUUGCUAAUAAUGGAUACUAUUACUUACAUAAACCAUAGUCAUUUUAAUUAUUACUUUCUGAUCGGUGGAUUAUUCCUUGGCUACCUUGUUUAUCGUAUAAUUCAUUCACUCUUGGGAGAUAAUACAUUUAUACAAACUAAAUAUCGGGUGCGGGGCCAUACUUGGAGGAGCAUUGAUUGUAACAAAUCAAUACCUUACAACAUAUAUUGUACAGUUUGCAGCAAACUUAUGCUGCCUCUAGUUGGCUUGUUUUGUGAAUGCUGUGCAGUAAGCGCAUGUAAAAGAUGUCAUCGCAUGAUUGACAAAAAAAUUCGAUGCAAACAAAUAUCUUGGCCAAUAGAGAAGACCUUCCAUCAUCUUUGGGUUAAUGUGGGAACAGCUAAUAAGGACAAUAUCGAUCAAAAUGAGGAUAGUGAGCUUCUAAUGAAUAAAUAUUUUUGUUCCUGGUGCCAAAGGACGAAAGUUAGUCAAGAAAAUUUAUUAGAAAAUACUGAACAGUGUGAUUUCCAAAAGUACAGAAAUAUUAUCAUUCCACCAACAAAUGUUCAAGUAGAAAAAGGAAAGAUAGUAAAUAUUAAGCCACUACCAUAUGAUAACUGGGAGCCAUUGAUAAUUUUUGCAAAUAGAAAAUCUGGGAGUAAUAGAAGUGAUGAGGUUCUUUCAAUUUUUAGAGGCCUUCUUAAUCCACUGCAGGUGAUAGAUAUCAGUUUGAUGUCGCCCGAGCGUGCGGUGCGCUGGUUUCCAGAGCGCUGUAGAGUGCUUGUGGCUGGCGGCGAUGGAACCGUCGCAUGGGUUCUCAAUGCGUUACAUUCCGCUCCACAUAUUAAGGCGUCAGUAGGCAUUUUGCCGAUGGGCACUGGCAACGAUCUAUCACGAGCUUUAGGCUGGGGAGCUUCCUGUCCAGAUCUCGACGCACAUUCGGUUAUAACUACAUUUAUGCAAGCUGAUGAACAAAUUCUAGACAGAUGGAAGAUUACUAUCACGCCUAAACACGUUCGGCUAGGCAGACUUCGAGGUGCGCGCUCUUCGCGAGUACUUUACGCAUACAACUACGCCAGCAUCGGCGUAGACGCACAGGUCGCGCUCGAUUUCCACCGCGCGCGGUCCCAGUUCCUCUACCGGUACACGAGCCGGUAUCUUAAUUAUAUCGCGUACGCACUGCUGGGCGUGGGCCGCGCGCUUGACGACGGCGGUUGCGGUGGGUUGGAGAAGCGACUCCGCGUACAAGUGGGCUCGCGAACUAUCCAGCUGCCACCGCUACAGGCGCUCAUCGCGCUAAACAUACCCUCGUGGGGCGCCGGUGUCGACCUGUGGAGUAUGGGCAGUGAAGACGAAGUGGGAGACCAGUACAUGGAUGAUGGUAAACUAGAGGUAGUUGGCAUAUCAUCGUCGAUCCACAUAGCGCGGCUGCAGUGUGGACUAGCCGAGCCCUUUCGGUUCGCUCAGGCAACUCGUGUGUGGAUUGAUCUGGAUGGUUGCUGUGCAAUGCAAGUCGACGGCGAGCCAUGGAUGCAGGGCCCCGCCUCUAUACAUAUCGAGCCCGCGGGUCAGAGCACUUUGCUGCGUCGGUCCACGCAGUAACACAAACAGUUGCACAAGGAUACAGCUCACCACUGACUGUCGCCGCUUGCAGACCAAGGGCUAAGUUAAAAGGCAUGAUGACUAAUUUUGAAAAACUGCCCUAUGAUGUGUAGUAUCUACUAUAUCCAAAACAUAUUUUUAAAAAAUAUUUCCCACGAAAACGGUCGUUGGGUGCUAUGGCCGUAUAUGUGAGGUCAUAGUUAAAUAAGUAAGUCUUUUCCAUAGCUAAAGAUUGUUGAUUUUGGUAUUGAUAACAAACUUGCAACUGACCGUUUGAAAUCACAAAAUACUUGCGUUUGCGUUUGAAAUCACAAAAUAUAACGCAGAUAUUUUCGAUGUCCAAGCGGUACAAAAUUAUGUAGACGUGACGUCAUCAUUUUGAAUUCGGCGUUUCUCCUGUCAUUGCGGAUAAAUACUAAUCUCACUUUAGAGUAUAAAUAAAAGUACGUUUUUCAUAAUACAUGAAUCAUUAUCAUUGGAUGAAUACAAUAUUUUACCGAUUCCAUGUUACUGUCAUCAUGCCUAUUAAGUUUAGCUUUCAUAGCUAACGUACAAGUAUAAAAAACUGCGUCAGCUAUGCAACUUAAGCUAAAUUAGCUUAGCCGUAGUAGCUGUUGGUCUACAAUCCCAAUUAUUCAGCAUCGCUCUUUCCGCACGUUCCUUAAAAUGACAAACUUCUAGUGUCGAGUCUAGUUUGACAUUUAAAGGAGUCGAAUUUACGAGAUAGUUUAUUGUAUCGUAAAUUCAUAAACUACAAGCAUAGUUCUCGUUGUUUGGCGUAGCGUUGGAGUACCCAUGCAGUAUUUUAUAACUUUCUGACAAUGGAAAGGUGCUACCAUACAAUGUGGCAACUAUAUGCAAUUUGUAGCUGCGGAAGUAAGUUAUCUUAUUCGAUAUUGUUGGUCGCUAAAUGGUCGUCUGAUCAAUAAACUAUCUAACCGGAUGUCAACUAACUAAUGUAGUAAAGUAAAUAAGUACUACAAAGGUUUUACAAGAUGACAAUUUAGAAAUUUAUGGAAUAAAAUAUACGCCAAAGAAUAGUGAUUGUUAUAGAUAUACAAAUUUACAUGUCGUUAUAAAUACUCAGAAUAUUGUUUUAACUUAAUAUAGUAUAAUUAUAUCACCAAUUGUACCUAUUUAUUAUAAAAUAGGCAUUAUUACUUUCAGGCUUUAUACCAAAUCUCAAUGUUAUUCCAUUAUAGACUAAGCAAUUUAGAUUAUUUGUGUGAUGGUUGAAUUGAUUUAUAGCUAGCGCACAUACCUUAAUAGAUCUAUUGCAAAAUAUACUCAUUAUCAGGUGCAAUCUUCAAAUCGAAGUUUGAAGGUCAAUCUUGCGAUGAUAGGACAUUUUCUUGAGCUCCUAAUAGCUAGGUCGGGAUGUAUAUCUCUGUGACGAUAUCUUCCUCAGUCUUCCAGACGAUAUUUUUUGCCUUUCAAAUUAAUCGUCGAAAGCUCGUACAGCAAUCCUUUAUGCAGUUUGCCAAAAAAUGCAACUAACCUUUGAGUGAUGUUUGCUAUCAAUCUUCGUUGGAACGAGCACAAACUUAGUUACAUGAGCAUUAGAGGCGAAUUCUCACUGUGAUAUUUUAAACAUUUUUCAAGCCACUUCUAAAGUGUAGGCUCUUUCUUCAGCAUUAUUUUUUCGAAUCCUAAGUUGAGUAUCAUUACAAAAGCGACAACCAGACAACGCGAUACUGAGUGGGAAAUAGAAUUUUAGGGUUUUAGGAAAGCUUUGUGUCUAACACAUUGUAAAAAGCUGUAUGAUGUUAUCACAUUUUGCAUUUAUAUAUUCUUGAAGAUCUAAAUCCGACCUUAACUAAUUAUAUCCUUUGAUUCUUUUUGAAGAUUGAAAUACAUCUAGUAUCGCUUGUUUGCGACAAUGAUGCCACCUCUUGAACUUUAAAGGAGGGCAUUUUUGAACGUCGCGUCGUUUAAGAAUAUUUUCAUAACGAAAAGAAUAGCACUCUUACGUUAGGUACAUUCCGCCUUUAUCCUUACACUUUCGGAAAAUUCCUUAUUAUAAACUAAACUAAACUCAAUAUUUUCAUGUUGAGAAGCUUGUUAAACUGAAGCGGCAUAAAAAUAGUAAUUAAUUUUAGUUCUAAAUAUAGUUUUUAUUAAAUCUGUAUUCAAUUAACGCUCCCAGGAGGUAUGCAUGAAGUCUACGAAUGAGUAUAUUUUGUAUCAAUGGUUCGUAUUGAAAAGUGCGCUAGCCAUUUUUGGUCGUAAUAUUUCAUAUCUGUGCUUUAAUUGAACUUAAGGUGCAAGAUGUUAUCGUCCAAAGAUUUUAGGUAUAGAUUGUAUUCCUAUUGGUGUUGUGAUGGAAAAUGUAUCAAAUCGAAAUAAAUAAAUAUUUAAUUGA